AUGGACUAUUCACAGCUUCGCGCCGCUGCUUUGCAGAACGGCGAGGAUGAAGAAGCAGUCACCGUCGAUACCAGGGCCCUGAUCGACAAGGUCCUGGCCAGAUACUCCGGAGAAUGGACAACGCUCAGAGAACUUAUCCAGAACGCCGCCGAUGCCCAGGCAACCACGGUCAAGAUCAAAUGGGAGACGAUACCCUCCGUCAGUGUUCCGGCUCCGCAUACCAUGGACCCCUCCGAGCUUCUCAAGCACACCCUCACCCACCACACUCUCCGUCGCCUAUUAGUCCAGAAUGAUGGUCAACCCUUCGCCAACACAGACUGGGCACGCUUGAAGAGGAUAGCGGAGGGCAACCCGGAUGAGACCAAGUGCGUCUUUGCCGAUUGCGAGGAGCCAUUCGUCAGCUCAGGAAAGGAAGCCAUGGCGUUUUACUGGAAGGGAAACGCCCUCUUCACCAGGAAGCUACAGCUGCCGGUUGAACAGCAUAGUCAGGAGACCGCCUUUGUUCUCGAUUACCGGAAUACAACAACACCUCUGCCUAACUUACUCUCCGUCAGCCAGUUCCUUGGAACCAGUUUGACGUUUGUUUCCCUGCAGAAGAUCGAAUUCUGGAUCGACGAUUGGAAAGUUCUCGCCCUGCAGAAGAAGUCAUCACCUAGUGCUCAGAUUUCUAUCCCCCGGGACCUUGAAACUAGAACCAAGGAUGGUCUCAUGAAACUCACAGCAGCUGAACAAACCAGCACUCAAAUCGAUGCCAGUUUUAUGAGUGUCUUGGGCUGGAAGCCUAAGCCAGCGGCAUCGUCAAACAAGUCAACCGAAUCUGCUUAUACACCAGAACCUUCUGGGCUGAAGGGGUUCUUUUCGAGGCUUACUUCGUCUGCCGCUCAGACGGCACAGCGCACAAAGGCGGCAAAGGAAGAGAAGGAAAUACAGGAAGCGAUAGCCGAGGACCUCACUGCCGUUUCUACCUCCACCAUUUUCCUCCGCAUCACUGCAGCCCAAAUAGCCACCAGUGUUUCCUCUUCGUUUGCAGCUGAACUGGAGCGUGCAACAAAGAAGCCUCCACCAAAAACCACACGGAUUGCUCUCCUGACUUCAUCUUACGAUGAGACUGUUGCUUCUGAGGAGUCUACUGCCUCCAACAAGGCCGCCAAGGCCAUCGAUAUCUUCUCCUCUGUGUUACCUAGCAAGAAGCCUGGUGGGCGUGUCUUCAUCGGCUUCCCAACCACCCAGACCACUGGUGCCGGCAUGCACAUUUCUGCACCUUCAGUCAUCCCGACCGUGGAGCGCGAAGCCAUUGAUUUGAAUGCUCGCUGGGUGCGAACAUGGAACAUCGAAAUGCUUCGCGUGGCAGGCAUUAUUGCAAGACUCGGCUUCGUCAAUGACAUGUCAGACCUAAACGAGAAACUGAAGAGGAUCUCCAGUUCCAACAACAGCAAAAAGGGCUCAGGAUAUUCUCCUGAGGACGUCCAGAAGUUUGUGCCGGAGGCUCUCCAUAUCCUCAAGACCUACUCGUUUGAGGACUCUACUCCGAGCGCCCAGGUAGCCAAAAUCAUCGAGGAAGCCUUCUGGACCUCUUACCGGAAGGCUUCUAUUGAGGUUUACUCUUCUCAAGGUGUCUUGCAGACGAACAAGGUCCGGCUGUUUUCUGAGGAUUACGCAAAGUUUCUGAGCGGAAUCCCGAUCAUACUGAAGGACAUGCAAGCCGCACCGUUUAUUCAGAAACUGAUAGACUAUGGGCUGCUCGAGCAGAUUACUGUCGAGGAUGUCGUGAAGGAGCUAGGCUCGAAGGCUAUGGAUAAACAGCAACUUCAUCAUUUCGUGGCGUGGCUAGCCAAGACUGCCGCUUCGGGUAAUAUGAAGUACCAUGAAAUCCAGCAUGUUCUUGAUGUUGCUGUGGCUACAGUUUCUGAGGAUGGGAAUGGUGGUGAAAUUAUUGCCUUGGGCUCCAUCAAGAACUAUCUCAACAACAGGAUACCAGCUACACUACCUAUCCCCCCAACCACAAUACCUGUCGCCUUCACAGCCAAUAUUCCUGAAGUUCAGCUACAGUCGAUUGGCUGGGAGCCUCUAGGUAUCGUUCCUUGGCUUAGGUUCUUGAUCGCAUCUGGAUCUAGCAAGGAUGAGGAGCAUGAUCUUACAAAGUCAAGCAAGUUCUCUGUACAAGUCCUUUCGGUUCUUUCAAAGAACUGGGAAAACUUGAACCCUAGCGAUAAGUCAUCCGUGGUGUCAGCCUUGGAACAUCUGACCAUCAUUCCCACAAAGCUGGGCAUGCGCAAGCCCAAGGAGUCUUUCUUCUCUAGUGUCAAGCUUUUCCACGAUCUUCCGACCAUCGAGGGCUGUGACAAACUCAAAGAUAAGUUCUUGGUGGCUUUGGGAGUUCGCAAGACUCUUGACUUGGAAACCAUCUUCACCAGGCUAUUGAAUCCCGCACCUGCCGCUGAGGGAGAAGCUGGGGCCAAGAAAUGGAGUCAUGUCGAGCUUAUCAAGUACCUUGCUUCGGUAAAGAACGAUAUCCCGGCUGAGGACAUGAAGAGGCUCAAGCAGUCCAAGCUCUGUCCUGCUGAAGAUCGUACCUCGUCCGGGGAACCAGAGUCUAGGAAGGGUACCGAGAAACUCUACAAACUGUCUGAGCUCUACGAACCCAAGGAUUCUCUGCGGCUCUUGCAACUCCCAACUCUCCAUUGGCCAGGCGUCUGGAAGGCGAACAGCCCGGAGGGGGCCUUCGUUUUCUCGCUCGGGUUGCGUCCUUAUCCGGCAGUCCCUGAGUUGAUCGAGAUGAUGGCUUCUUCUGAUGCGGACAUUCGGAAGAAUGCCAUGGCGUACUUCAUCAAUAACUAUCAACUCAACCAGUAUGGCACUUACAAUCUGUCUAGGAUCGACAAUACCAUCUUGCCGCUCCAAGGUAAUGAGAAGAAGCUUGUCCGCCCUUCCGCGUGCUUCACGAAUCCAGAUGCUGCAAUUCUCGGUUACGACAUCCUGCGAAGAGACCUUCAUGACCAUGCCAGCAAGUUUGGCGUCGCGCGUGACCCAAGCAUUCUGGAGUGCGUUGGCAGGCUAAUCGCUAAUCCACCCAAGGAUCACCAGGAAGCCGUCAGGGUGUUUAGCUAUUUCACAACCCGUAUUGCAGAACUGGGUUUAUCUCACGUUGUUAAAAUUCGGAGUUCUGCCAUUAUCCCCGUAACACGACGGAAAGUGUCCGGCGAGAAGGGUGAAACCAAGGUCGUCUACAUCACUCCUCCGAACUGCUACCUUGGAACAUCCUCUACCUACGGCGAUAUUUUUGACUUUGUCGAUUUCGGUCCCAACGCCAACGUGUUUCUUUUCAAAUGCGGUGCGAAGGAAGAACCAACCAAGCCGGAGAUUGCCCUUAUGGCAUGUAGCGAACCGGCAAGGCUCUUGAGCACCCUGCAGAGCUCGGAGAAAUAUCUUACUCUCCUCCGGUCUCUGGCAGAUGAGAUUAAUAUUCUCAAGAAAGACAAGGAGUUGUUCAAGAAGAUGACUUCAUCUGCCUGGCUUCUUGGCUCCCGCGACAUCUCCAACACCAAAGAGGAGCCCGACUCGGGCGAUUAUGAUGCGCCUAUCAAGCAGUAUCAGCUCGCCUCACCUCAGCAGAUCACGAUCUUGGACGAUAUUAUCUGCUACCGUCUCUUCAAGGACUCGUUGCUUUUCGCACCCGAGGACGACGCUCUCGAGGCCUUUUACGCGGCGCUGGGGUCCGAGGAGAUCAGCAGCAAGGUUUCAAUGGAGCACAGAAUCGGCCCUGCCGCCGAGAAGCAGGAUAUUGCAGCCACCAUGCGCAAGCUUGUCAUUGAGCGCUCCAAGAUCUUCUUGUUCGAGUACUCCAAGUACAAGAAGUCCUCCAUCAAGCACAACGCACAGUGGUUGGAGAAGAACUUGCAGGUCAAAGCCGUCACCUCCUUGGCUCUUAGACGAUCACUCAAGGGAUAUAACCAGCAACACACUGAAAAGCGCUCAGCGGCCGCCGUGUACAGGGACGGCAACUGGAUCCUUUACGUCUCGACCCACAGCCGUCCCGACUUGUACCAGGUUGGACAGGCUAUCUGCACGAUGUUGCUGAGCCGCCAUGGUCAGCAGGCUUACUUCUUCAUCGAGCCAUUCCUCAAGCUGGACCUUUUGGAGCUCCGCGCGCGCGGCUACAACGUUGACCGCAUUCUCAGAGCAAAGGCUGCAGAGGCCCGGAUCGCCGAGGAAGAGAGACGCAAGGCGCUUGAGGCGGAAGAGCAGAAAAUCCGUGAACGCGAGAAGGAUUGGGCACAGCAACAGGUAGCGACUACCGCCGAUACUACAGUUGCCAGAGCCCCUCAAACCCCUCAUCAACCCGACCAGCCUCGGAUGCCGGGAGGCUUUGAUGAUUCUCCUGAACAUGACCCGGCUCCUCAGCCUCUCAAGAGGUUCGGAGAUCUCUUUAGUGGCAUCAAGAAGCAACUCGGCCUCGAGGCUGAUGAUGAUUCAAACAAGCCGCCUGCUCAGCAACCCGGUACUCGUGCACCUGAGCAAUUGGGAUCUGGUAGCGGCGGCGUUGGCGGCAGCAGUGGCACUGGCAGCGGUGGCGGUACCGGUACUGGUGGCAGCAACAACGACGGACGAGUGACCUCGCCUGCAGUUGUCCAGCAGAACUUGCUCAGUGCCAUCAAGUCCACCCGCGCGCACGAUUCCUCCGGUGUCUUCGCCCCUCCUACUCAGACAGAAAUCACCGAACAGUCCACCUACUGCGACUCCACCCCGGCCACCAACAUGAACUUCGUCGCCGAAGCACCGGGUGGCAUGCGCGUCUUCCUCGCCAAGGACGUGUCCGUCAACCCGGGCCAAUUCCUCAGCUCCAACAUCGCCGGCAUCAGCAAGUUCGAGACGCUCCUCAGGGACGUGGCCAACGUGUAUAACCUGCCUACCCACUCGCUGCAUAUCUACUACGAUGAGCAAGGGCCGACGAUUGCGUUCAACAAGAGCGGCAGUAUCUUUUGCAAUUACCGCUUCUUUUCCCAGCUGCAUCUGGCCAAGUUGACCGGUGCUGCUGGUGGCAUAAGCAUGGGCAUGGGCAUGGGUAGAGCCGAGGCGACGGUUUGGUGGUGGGUCACCAUUGCGCAUGAGUUGGCGCAUAACCUUGUUAGUCCUCAUAACUCUGCGCAUAGUUAUUAUACCGAGUCCUUCAUCCAAGAGUACUUUGGCAAAAUGAUGGCCAUGACAGCUAUGUGGGCAACCCAGUCGCAGUCGCAGUCGCAGUUUCAAGCAAGCCUUCCAGCACCACCACUACCACCUCCUGGACAGCAGCACGGAGCCAAUGUCUUGGGCAGUAUCUCUGGCAACCCUUUCCAUACGGCGCAUGACAGCCUUUCGUCUGUGGCUGCUGGUCGGGGGCAACAGGGACAUCAGGAGCCUCCACCGCCUUAUGAGAGGAACUUGACUGGAGUUCAAGGCCAGGGGCAGGGACAUGGGAAUCAAGGGUAUCGUAGUAUUCUUGAUUAA